CCAGCUUUGAAGUUUCAUCAUGCUUGUCAAGAUCUGGAAGUGCAGCUCAGGAUAUAGUAGUGUCCACAAAUCAGUAGUGGGAUGAAAAGAUGCUUUUGACAGGAGGCUUGAAAUCUCUCCUUCCCCAUGUGUUAAGAAGAAUAAUUCGAUUAAACAGACUCAGUGUUAGUAAUACUUCAGGCAUGGCAGAAGGCUAUAAACAGGCCAAUGUUGUGAUUUUGCAUAAAUCCCUGGCUGAUAAUUUUGAGAAGUUCUGCCGUGCAAAUGAUGGACCCCUGCCACUGCUGUCCAGAAGUCAACCAGGUGAUUGGAAAUGUCCUUCUCUGAGCAGUGAUUCUGAUAUCAGAACUGACUGCCUACAGUACCGAGUAUAUGAGCAUGGAGUUUGUACUGGAUCACUGAGAAGUCUGAAGGAGUAUUCUGAACAACUGAAGGACAUGGUGACAUUUUAUUUAGGCUGCAGCUUCUCUUUUGAAAAAGCAGUCCUAAGUGCAGGCAUUCCUGUAAGAAACGUUGAGCAAAAAUGUAAUGUGAGCAUGUACAAAACAACUGUGCCUUGCUACAGCGUUUCUCCCUUUUGGUGCAACUUAGUAGUCACAAUGAGACCUAUUCCUGAAAGCAAGUUGGAAGCAGCUGUGCUAGCAACGUCUGAAUUAAAAGAAGCCCACGGAGCACCAAUUCACAUGGGUGACCCUGGUCUGCUGGGAAUACAAGAUCUUUCUAAACCAGACUAUGGAGAUCCAGUUCACCUUCACCCUGGUGAUGUUCCAGUGUUCUGGGCCUGUGGAGUAACAGGAGCAGAAGCAGUUAUCAACUGCAGAGCUCCAUUAGCUUUUACUCAUUCUCCUGGCUGCAUGUUCAUUACCGACCUAAAGAACAACAACGUCGGAUCAUUAAGGGGAGUCCCACAAGUCCACUGCAUUUCUCAAGAUCCUCUGCAAUUCAGUGUUGUGUCAGCAGAAGCAGCCCAAAAGAUAAAGACUCUAGAGACCCUGAUUGGAAUAGAUCCAGGAGACCGGGGUAUAAUUCACCUGCAGCGCCAGGAUGAGCUUCUGAAGGCCUGCCUGGCCAUCUCCCAUGCCCGGUCUGUGCUGAUAACAACUGGAUUUCCUACCCACUUCACUUAUGAGCCACCAGAAGAGAAUGACGGGCCCCCGGGAGCCCUUGCUAUUGCAGCUAUACUGCAGGCCUUGGAAAAAGAGGUUGCCAUAGUUACAGAUCAGAGAGCCAUGGAUCUGAAUAAAAAGAUUAUUGAAGAAGCUGUUCAACUAGGAAUUCUGAAGAAACCCAUCCCUCUAUUGAAUUAUCAAAGGGAAAGUGCUGAUUCAGCUUUAAUGUUUUUGUGUGAAAAUGGAAAUUCUGGAAGACCUAGAUAUGAUCACCUGAUAGCAAUAGAGCGUGCUGGGAUGGCUGCUGAUGGCAAUUAUUACAAUGCCAGGAAAGUUAACAUUAAACAUCUCGUGGAUCCCAUAGAUGAACUAUUUUUAGCUGCACAAACCAUUCCAGGAGUGACAACAACGGGUGUUGGAGAUGGAGGAAAUGAACUAGGAAUGGGCAAAGUAAAAGAUGCUGUAAAGAAGCACAUAAAAAAUGGAGAUGUUAUAGCUUGUGAUGUUGAAGCUGAUUUUACUGUUGUAGCAGGGGUCUCUAACUGGGGCGGUUACGCCAUUGCCUGUGCUCUGUAUGUUCUCCGCACUUGUGAGGUACAUGAUCGCUACCUGAGGAAAGCUGUUGGGUUUCCACAGUCAUCCAAGGAGAUGGUCUGGCUCUCGGCACUUCCCUCGGUUUCCAAGGAAGAAAAGCUUCUGAAAACACUUGUGCGUCUCGAGGUCCGCAGUGGGAAAACUGCCAGUCUGGAAAUGGAAGUGGAUGGGCUGCCCUUCUACAACACCCAUUCGCUUAUGAUUGAGAAGCUGCUACAAGAAGUGCAGAAGUGACUGUCCCUAGUGAUUUCUGCACUAAGAGUUGCUUCCAUAUAAUUUCUGUGUUCCUGAGGCUCUCACAUCAUAUAAAAAAUUAAAAAAAGAUGACUUUUCA